CUCUCUAUUCGAGGCGUAGACGCCCCAGGCCUCUGUCCUCCACUCCAGGUCUUGUUUGUUAAUUUCCAAGGGCAUAACUACGAUCUGCAAGCAGCGGCGCAACCGGGGAACGAUUGAUCGGCGUGGGGAUGCCGGCAGCCCUGUUGGAGAAUGCCUCAAUGUCGGCUCUUUCACAACACGAACCACGAAAGGAUACCGACGGACGGGUCGGUCGCCUCUCCAAGGAAGAUGUCACCGUGCUCCCUGCGCCAGACGAGGCGGUAGCAUCGGGAAAGAAGGUGGACAAGCAGAGCCUGGACUAUCUAUGGCGAUCUGGGAUGGCCGGCGGCCUUGCCGGAUGUGCAGGCAAAACCGUGGUGGCACCCCUCGACCGCGUCAAGAUCCUCUUCCAGGCGAGAAACCCACAGUUCAUAAAAUAUUCGGGAUCAUGGGCUGGCACGAUCACUGCUAUGAGCGAGAUUUAUCGCCAAAAUGGUAUGCUGGGGCUGUUCAGGGGCCAUUCGGCGACUCUCCUGCGGGUCUUUCCCUACGCUGGGAUCAAAUUUCUGGCUUACGAACAAAUUCGCUCCUUCGUCAUCCCGAAUAAGCAGCAUGAGACGCCCGUCCGAAGGGCGCUCAGCGGUUCUCUGGCCGGCGCUACCUCGGUGUUCUUUACAUACCCGCUGGAAGUGAUACGGGUCAGGUUGGCCUUCGAGACAAAGAGGGACGGCCGAUCCUCUCUGUCCUCCAUAUGCAAACAGAUCUACUACGAGCACCCGACGCUCCCACCAGCCGGGACCCAGGUGCAGGGACCCUCGGCCGUGAGGGCUGCCAGCGUGGCUGCAACUCCGGCCGUCGAGGCUGUCGCGCCCAAGUAUGGGUUGAUCAAUUUCUAUCGCGGCUUCUCGCCCACAAUGCUCGGCAUGCUCCCGUACGCGGGCAUAUCCUUCCUGACCCAUGACACGAUGGGCGACCUGCUGCGCCACCACCUCAUCGCUGAAUGGACAACGCUGCCGCAGCCCAAGAACGCGCCCGAGGGCAAAGCGGCCCCUUUGCAGUUCUGGGCUGAGCUGUUCGCCGGCGGUGUGGCAGGACUGGUCUCUCAGACGUCCUCGUACCCGCUGGAGGUCAUCAGGCGGCGGAUGCAGGUAGCUGGUGCUGUGGGCGACGGCCGAAGGUUGCGCAUCGCGGAGACGGCGGCGCUGAUCAUGAAAGAGAGGGGAAUCUCCGGCUUCUUUGUUGGGCUGACGAUCGGAUAUGUCAAGGUGGUCCCGAUGGCUGCUGUCGCAUUCUUCACUUACGAGAGAGUCAAGACGGUGUUUGGCAUCUAGAACGGAACUCUCAGAGAGAGAAAAACACACUGGCGUUUGGCGCACUGACAGUAGGUGGCAAAGCAUUGUCCUUUUCGAAGUUUCCUGGGGCAGGGGGUUUUGGGGCAGGCACAACAUGCGUACCAGAGCAAAAGGUGGCAAGAAGAAUACAUAUCAGCUGUGGCAAGGGGGGCCCUGCGAUGGCAGGAUGGUUCAACAUGUCCUACCACACACAGCAGUAGAGCAGAACAUCUGCAUUCCAAUGCUAUGCUUUUGUCCUC